GUACCAUCGUCUUCUGAUCGGCAGUAUAGAAUUGAACGCAGAGCGGUGAACACAGCGUUCGAUAAAAAAAAAAAUACGUUCCAUUUUCGAACAAGUUACAGCGCGGCUUAUUUCGAAAAUUCUUUUAUAAUUAUUUCUUUUUCGGCAAACGUUCAGUGUUUUAGUACUGUACCAUUAUUGUGUGAUAAAACCGGCUCUCUUGAUUGUGUGAGUGAUACAAAAGUAAAAGGAGGUGAAACUUUUGCGAUUUCGACAAAAUGGCUGCCAACUAGUAAGUAGAGUUGUCACAAGAUGGCGGCGCGUCCGGCCGCGGUGGUUGUGGAACGGGCGUGCAAACAUUAUGGACGUCCUAACAAGUCGGACCAUAAGCCGGUCCUAGUACACCUCAACAUGACAGUGGAAAGAGGAAUCAUAUAUGGACUCCUCGGACCGUCAGGAUGUGGGAAGACCACCUUGUUGUCUUGCAUCGUCGGGAGGCGGUCGCUCGACAGCGGUAAUAUCUGGGUGUUAGGAGGCAGACCCGGCGAGAAAGGCAGCGGUGUACCUGGCCCCAGGGUGGGAUACAUGCCACAGGACAUAGCUCUUGUGGGCGAAUUCACAGUUCGCGACGCGAUAUACUACUUCGGUAGGAUAUACGGCAUGAAGACUGAUAAACUCAAAGAGAGGUUCCAUUUCCUCUCCACUCUCUUGGAGCUGCCAAACGAAGGGAGACUGAUCAAGUCCCUCUCCGGGGGCCAGCAGAGGAGGGUGUCAUUAGCUGCUGCUUUGGUACACGAACCAGAACUCCUAAUACUGGAUGAACCAACUGUAGGCCUCGAUCCUGUAUUAAGAGAGAGAAUCUGGGAAUUCCUGUCGGAAUUAGCUAGAGCGGGCACCACAGUCAUCAUAACUACACAUUAUAUAGACGAAACGAAACAGGCACACAAGAUCGGUCUCCUCCGAGAUGGCCAGCUUUUAGCUGAAGAUUCACCAGAAGAGAUCCUUCGUAAGUUCGACUGUGACACUUUAGAAGAUGCCUUCCUCAAGCUAGCGUUACGCCAACAUCAGAUGCCUAGGCGGAGGCCCACUCUAACGGCAUCUCCAGAUGUGAUACCUGAAAGUAUGUCAAAUGAUGUAUGUUACCAGUCCAGAGACAGUUUUAAUAUCGUCACAAGUAGUACUGAUUCUGAUGAUAACAAUUUUUCAAAUAUUUCUCUACGCCGUAAACUAGACUUAAAGGCUACCAUUACAUUCCAGGUACUGACUAUUAAAGAGAGACCAAAAGACUGCAGCGGAAGAUCUAAAGGACGAGGUUUGGUGUUCUCCGUACUAUUCCCCAUCAUCCAGAUAGUGGCGUUCUUCUCAGCUGUCGGUCACGACCCUAGAGAUUUACGGCUAGCGGUCGUCAAUGAGGAGGCCGCGUUUUCACCACUGGGUCUAGAUAUAUGCAAGAAUAGUAGUCUGAAGCCUAUAGUCAGGAUAGAGGAAGAUGAUACGUGCGAGCAAUACAUGCUCAGUUGCUGGUUCCUAGAAGAAAUGGAAAAGAAAGGAUUGUAUCAGGCGAGUAUUACUAACAUUUUACCAUACAAUACUUCGGAGGAGGCAAAGUCUGCCGUGUCUACAGGGAAACUUUACGGAGCACUACGUUUCCACCGCAACUUUAGUUCAGCGUUAGCCGAACGAUUGCAUGACGGAGAUGUGCCGGAUGAUGUGCUGGAGGAAAAUCAUCAAAUCAGAAACUUCAUAAAGAGUCAACUAUAUAAGACUUACAGUGCUUUCACUAAAAGAUCUAUGAAAGCUUGUGGGAGAGUUGAAGACUUAGCACAGAUGCCAGUGCGUUUCGAAGAUCCAAUCUACGGGAGCAUGGAGGCACAAAUGAUGUGGUUUAUGGCACCAGGGGUUAUGAUCACGAUAAUCUUCUUCCUACCGGCGAUGGUAACGUCUACGCUGAUGAUAGGCGACAGACUAGAAGGAGUGUGGGAGCGCAGCGCUGUUGCCGGCGUGAAGCCGCGGGAAAUGUUGCACGUACACAUCGCACUUCAGGCGGCCGUCAUACUGCUACAGACGGCGGAGAUGAUGGCGCUCGCGUACGGCGGGUACGCGCUGCCGUCGCGCGGCUCGCUGGCGGCGUGCGCGCUGCUGCUGUUCCUGCAGGGCGUGUGCGGGAUGUGCUACGGGUUCCUGCUCUCCAUCUACUGCUCCAGCUACAGCAUGUCCUUCUUCGUCGUCACCGGCAGCUUCUACCCCAUGAUCUUAUUGUGUGGUAUCCUCUGGCCUCUAGAAGGCAUGUCAUUUGGGCUUCGAAUCAUCGCCUUGACACUGCCCUUCACGAUACCAUCGAAUUCCCUCAGAGACAUCAUGGAGAAGGGAGCGUCCAUCAGCGAACCUUCAGUCUACCACGGAUUCCUGGUCACUAUAGCUUGGACGAUCGUCACAUUAUCACUAUGUUCCUUAAGACUCAAAUUCAAGAAAACUUGA